AUGGAGUUUUUCAAUACUGGUGUUAUGUUGAGACAAUGGAACUGCACAACUAUAACCUUAGUUCCUAAGGUUCAGAAUCCUUCCCUUGUUAAAGAUUUUAGGCCAAUUGCUUGCUGUUCUGUUCUUUAUAAGCUUAUUUCUAAAAUCAUUACUUCAAGGCUUGCAAAUGUGAUUUCUGUGGUGAUUGAUGGCUCUCAAGCUGGGUUUAUCCUAGGGAAGCAUAUUGGUGACAAUAUCUUAUUAGCCACUGAGCUUAUUAAAGGAUAUGGGCAUAAGUUCCUUUCUCCCAGGUGCAUGUUGAAGAUUGAUCUGAAAAAAUCUUAUGACUCUGUUGAAUGGGGCUUUCUGAAGACUGUUAUGUCUGAGAUUGGUUUUCCUAACCAAUUUAUUGCCUGGAUUAUGGCUUGUUUGUCUUUUGUCUCCUUCUCUAUUUUGAUCAAUGGUGUCCCUUCCAAUUCAUUCCCUGCAAAGAAGGGUCUUAGCCAAGGUGAUCCCAUGUCUCCCUUUCUCUUUGCCAUUGGAAUGGAGUAUCUCUCCAGAUGUCUUUCUGAGCUUCAGCUGAAUCCUGAUUUUAACUAUCACCCUAGGUGUGAGAAGAUAGGGUUGACCCAUCUUAUGUUUGCUGAUGAUUUGUUGCUUUUCUCUAGAGCAGAUGCUCAGUCUGUUUCUUUUCUUUUUCAGGCUUUCUCUAAGUUUUCCGAAGCUUCUGGUUUAUCAGCUAACUUAGAUAAAAGUGAGGUGUAUAAUGGUGGGCUUCUUGAUUUUGAGCAGGAUGAGCUGAGAGAUUUGAUUGGGGUUGCUCCUAGUACUAUCCCAUUUAAGUACUUAGGGGUUCCUCUUUCUUCUAAAAAGUUGACCAUUGCUCAAUGCAAGCCCCUUGUUGAUAAAGUGACUGUUAUAAUUAAUGGUUGGUCUGCUAGGCACCUCUCCUAUAUCCUAAGAGAAAUUAAAGCUAGAUUUAGAGCUUUCAUUUGGACUGGGAAAGCUAAUCCCUCAAAGAAAUCCCUUGUCUCUUGGUCUCAAGUUUGUCUCCUAAAAGUUAGUGGUGGCUGGAACCUUCUUUCUCUUCCUGAGUGGAAUGUUGCUGCUAUCUCCAGUCUUCUCUGGGAUCUUGCUCAUAAAGCUGAUAACUUAUGGAAUUUUGAAUGUAGAACUGUUAUUGAUAAUAUUGGUGGUUGGGAUGCUGUUAAACAAGGUGGUAAAAUCAAGAUUAAGAAGAUCUAUUUGAAGGUUAUGACUCAAGCUCCCAAAGUCCCAUGGAGAAGACUCUUUUGCAAUAAUUCUGCCACCCCUAAGAGCUUAUUCAUUCUCUGGCUUGUUGUUAGGAACAUAUUACUCACAAAAGAUAGAUUGAGUUCAUGGAAUAUGCAAUGUGAUCCUAUUUGUUUCCUGUGUAAUUUGAAUCCCGAGUCAAUUGAGCAUCUAUUCUUUGAAUGCAGUUUUACUAAGGUCAUUUGGGAAAGAAUUUUGGCCAUUUGUAGGUGCAACAGGUCUAUUUUAAGCUUUGAUACUGAAGUUAUGUGGGUUUCUAAACUCUACAGGAAGGAUAGAGCUGAAAACAGACUGUUGGGAAUGUGUUUUGCUGAAUAUGUGUAUCAUAUUUGGUUACAAGGAAACUCCUUGAUUUUCACAGGAAAUUGCAAAUCUGGUGAAGCUGUGAUCAGAGAUAUAUUAUUUGCUGUUGCCUGUAGAUGCUCUGGUUCUGACAGGAAUUUGUUGAUCCUCUUGGUGUUUCCAAUCUUGAGUCCACUGAGUCUAGGUGGGGGUUUUUAUCUAUUAUACAGUUUGCAGGGUUGGUGUGUUUUGUUUGCAGAACCCUUCCUAGAAGGUGGCUGGAAGCUUGAGCUCAGGUUGUUCUUGUCUCUUUCUCUUGAACCCUUACUAGAAGGUGGCAGGAGAUUGAGCUUGAACUGUUUGGUGGUUGGUUGGCCUGUUUUUCAGGCUGGGCCUAAUGAGUUCGUACCCCCUCGUAUGUCCAUCCAUUUCCAGGAGACAUACGACCCUAUUGAGGAGAUGAUUCCUCCGGCUUCUGAGGAUCAGCGCUGUGUGGAGCGAUCAAUUCCUCACCACCACACUCGGUUCUCGCGCGAGGUGGUCACGGCGAUGGCGAGGUGUAUAGACGAUUUCCGGAGCCAGCUCGUUGGGAUGAGGAACGUAGCUACGUGUCGUCGUGACGACGCUGUUCAGGAGAUAAUGGGUGACAAGGAUAGUUUGGUUGACAUCUGCCUUAGAGUGGGAGGUGCUUUUGUCCCUAAAAGAGUAACCAAAAACAGGCAGCUGCUGUGUUGGUGUGGUGGUUGGUGUUACUGGAAGAGGAAGGUUCAAGUAUCUAAGUUGGAUGUGCAUUUGAUUAGAACAGCUGCAAUUCAUGGUUUUGUUAAUGGUGAUAUGGAUGUGCCUAUGCAUUACAGCUGUUGGUAUAGGCAGAAGGGGAAAACCUUUAACACUGGGAAAAGGGAACUAGUUAACAGUGAAGAGGUUAAGGGCCUUUUGGAGACAGUAAAUGAAGAGGGGUAUGUUGAGAAAGUUCAAAUACAUCGACUAUUAGGAGGAGCCCUAGGUUUAAGGGAGGAGAGUCCACCUAGGAAAGCCUCAGCUAAUGCUAAAGUGUUGAGGUUUGAUGAAGAAAAGGAUGAUGGAUGUGAAGGAUCUGGUUAUUCAAGUUCAGAUUUGAGUGAUGAGGGACAAGAUUGGGAACCUGGUGAAGAAGAAUUUGAUGAAGGGGAUGAGGAAUGGUAUAUUGAAGGGUCAAAGGAGAUCUUGGCCAAAGUGAACAAGAGCCUUAGGAAAGGUUUGGAGAGUGCAGUAGAUGACAGGGUUGGCAAAGAUAAGAGAGUAGAGUUGAGAAAUGAUUUGGAUGUUGGAAAACCGAAGGUGAAUCCAGAAAGUGAUGCUGAUUCAGAUGAUUCAAGGAGUUUGUGUGGAUCUGAUGAGGAACAGGACUAUGCUCCUUGGUUUAAUGCUGAUGUGGACUUUGACAACCCAAUCAAGUUGAAGUUAAAUCAGAAAUUCAGUAAUGCUUCAGUCUUGAGGAGGGCCUUAAGACUUCAUGCCAUUCAAAACAGGUAUGAGUUCUACUACUUGCAUAAUGACAGUAAAAGGAUUACAGUUCAGUGUAGAUACAGAUGUGGCUGUGAGUUCAAUAGCUACACUUGUAGAAUGCCUGCUUGUACAUGUGUGGGGGGGGUAAAGUGUCAGUUCAAGGUGUUUGCAUCAAAACUUGUUAAGCAGCAAACUUGGCAAAUCAAAACCUUGAAUUUAGACCAUUCCUGCUUCAGAGUAAAGAAGAACAAGAUGCUUACUGCUGAAUACAUAGCAGAGAGGUAUUUAGAAGAGUUUAGGAGUAACCCUGGUUGGAGAAUUAAGGAGAUUAGGGCUAGGAUUUUGAAUGAUUUAGGAGUUGAUGUGAGUUACUAUAAGGCAUGGCUAGCUAGGUGUAGGGCAAAACUACUGAUAUUUGGUUCAGCUAGGGAGCAGUAUGCUAGGGUGUGGGAUUAUGGGAAAGCUGUGAUGAAGUACAACCCUGGUUCAGGGUGCAAUGUUGUUGUUGAUGGUAUUGACAGGCCAGAGCCACCAUUGUUCAUGAGGAUGUUCAUCUGUUUAAGGCCAUUGAGAGAUGGAUUUGCAAAGGGUUGUAGGCCUUUAAUAGGGUUGGAUGGUUGUCACCUCAAGGGUGCCUUUCCUGGGCAAAUUCUGGUGGCAGUUGCUAAGGAUGGGAAUAACAACUUGUUUCCUCUAGCUUGGGCCACAGUGGAGAUUGAAAACCAGGAAACUUGGGGUUGGUUCUUGGAAUCCCUUAUGUCAAUGUUCACACAUGAUCAAGGAGCUGGGCUGACCAUCAUGUCUGACAGGCAAAAGGGUUUGAUUAAAGCAAUGGCUGAUGUUAUUCCCAAAGCUGAGCAAAGGUUUUGUGUGAGGCAUAUUUGGGCUAACUUCAAGCUCAACUUCACUGGAUCAACCUUUAAGGAGCUGUUUUGGAGAGCAGCUAGGGCCACCACCAUUUUUGAGCAUGAAAUUGCCAUGGAGUCUAUCAAAUUCCUCGAUGAAGAGGCAUAUGAGUAUUUAAUCAACAUUCCUCCCCACCAUUGGUCUAGACAUGCAUUCACACCAAACUGCAAGUCCAACAUGUUGUUGAACAACAUGUGUGAGACUUUCAAUGCAGUCAUUAGGCCUGCCAGAGAUAAACCUAUCCUCACCCAAAUGGAAUGGAUGAGGAGGUAUAUUAUGAACAGGAAUAAUGAAAAGUGGGAGGAUUCAAAAACAAUUACACACAACUUAGUGCCAUAUGUGAGGCAUGUUCUGGGGAGGAUAGACUUUGUGGCUAGGUCCUGUGUGGUGCAGCCAUCCAGAGGGAAUACAUUUGAGGUGCAGCUGAAGGAUGACCAGGUGUUGGUUGAUUUGGACAAGGAGACCUGCACAUGUUACCAUUGGGAACUCACUGGCAUUCCAUGUGUUCAUGCUUAUGCCUGCAUAUUGGAUAUGAGGGGUGACAUAGAGGCUGUUGUUGACCCAUACUAUACCAUGGACACAUACAGGUCUGCUUAUGAACCAGCUGUCCAACCAAUGCCUGGCCCAAAGCACUGGGAGAGAGUCAGAAUGAGGGAACCACUACCCCCUUCUGUUAAGGUGCAACCUGGGAGACCAAAGAGCAAAAAAAGGAAGCUUGAGCCAGGAGAAUGUUCUUCUUCAGGUGGUCAGGCAAGUACCAAGAGGAAGAAGCAAUGCAGCAACUGUGGGGGAUAUAGGCAUUAUGCCAAGACUUGCAAAGUACCUGCUGCACCAGCUACAGAGCUGAUAAAGUCAGCAGGCAGACCCCCACUGAACACUCCUUGGAUGGUGGAGGAGAGGAAGAAGAAAGAGAUUAGGGCUGCUAAAAAGGUAACACAAGCAUUACACCAACUCCCCCUUUGUUUUAUAUAUGUAUGUGUCUUUUCCAUUGACUUUUUAUUUUUAUAUGCAUGUCAUAGAGUGCAAUUGGGGCUGGACCAAACAGCAUAGGAAACAAAAAGUUUCCUCAAGAGCAAGAAGGUUGUCUGCCAUUCAGCAAGCGCCCACAGCCACAGUCUUCCUCAGCUAAGCAUUCCUCAGCUCAG